AUGGAAGAAUUUAUAGCAAAUUGUGGGCGAUGGAUAGAUUUACCAGCUUUAAUAUAUCCUGAUCAUAAAAACAUUAGAGUGUUGAUCAAGUUGCAUCAAAAUUCGCUCAAAUUUGGAUAUUUAAUUUUUGUUCUUGAUGGAAAAGUACACUGUGUUGUACAAUUAACGAAACUAAUUUCUUCUUCAUCAGAUGAAAACACAAUUACUAUCCUUAUACCAGAAAAUUCGAUUAAAAUAAUCAAAAUUGAAUUAGAAAAUUUCCUAGCUGCAAAUUUAAUUAACACACAAAUCAACUUAUGUUCAUUCCUUUCAGAUUUUGAUAACUGCCCUCAUAAUGAUUUCAAUACACCAUUCUAUUUGACUUAUUCUUUACCAAUUAACUCUGUUGAAAUCAAGAACCCUACAUUUCCAUUAUUCCCAAUCCAUUACUUUGCUGACUCAAUGAAGACAUUUCUCAGCCGAAAUCUAACUUUGAAUUCUGGAUAUUUUUUACAAAAAUCUCAAAUUAAAAUAAGUUUUCUCACAUGGAAUGUUGAACAAAAAGUACCAACAGAAUGGACAUCCAAAGAAAUUUCAUUCAUUUUCGCUUCUGGGUCCGAAGUUGUUUAUAUAGCCAUCGAAGAGAUAGAUUUUUCAGCAAAGGCCAUUCUCCUUGGAGGUUCCGACCUGAAACAAGAGUGGAUUAAUAGGUUAUGCGAUGCUGCUUCGUGGUAUAACUAUCAGGCCAUUUAUUUUGAUCAAUUAGGAGGUGUUUUUACGAUUGCUUUCAAAAACUCGGAUUCAAGACAUUAUAUUUCUGUAGAAAAUUUGUUUUCAAUGAGAUUAGGAGUUAAUGGUUUGGCUGCAAACAAAUCUUGCUGCGUUUCGAGGCUAACGAUUGAUAAUACUAAGAUGUGUGUAGUAGGAGCUCAUCUUGAAGCUCAUACUGAGAGUUUAGAAGACAGAAAUUUCCAAUUCAAAACAAUUUUAUCAAAAAUUGACCAAAAUAUUGAUGAUUACACCGUAGUAUUUGGCGAUCUGAACUAUAGAAUUGAUCUUCCUUACCAUGAUACCUUAAAUCUAAUCAAAGAAAAAGAUUAUCAAAAAUUAUUGCAAAAUGAUCAACUUAAAAACGUAAUGAGAACAGACGAUAUAAUUGGAAAAUUCAAAGAAGGCGAAAUAAACUUCAAUCCAACCUUUAAAUUCGAUGAAAACUGUAAUACUUAUGAUACAUCAGCAAAAUUAAGGACUCCUUCAUGGACAGAUCGAGUUUUGAUCCGAACAUCCAAACCAAAAUUAUGGACAGGACUUAAUGAUGACCUUUACUUUGAGAGUUCAGCACUUCCUGUUGUUUGUUGUAAUAAUCGAAUGAAAUUAUCCGGAAAAACUGAUCAUACUGAUCCAGAUUAUCCUUCAGAGCCAGUAUGUGCCAAAUACAGAUCGUAUGACGUCCAAUUUUCUGAUCAUCGACCAGUUGUCGCAGAUUAUAUUUUUGAUAUAGUUUUAGCUGACGAAAAACGCAUGAAAAUGUAUAAACAUGAAGAAAAUAAGCAUAUAGACUCCAUAUUCGAGCUCAAUCAGCUUAAAAUCAUUUCAAAACCAAAUGAUUUAAUUUUGAAAGUCGGAGAGCCACAAACGUUUUCGAUUUAUAACCAAAACAUAUCAUUUGGCAAGUGGGAGCUUGGUGUUGUCCCUGAUUUUAUCCAUAUUACUCCGAAAUCAGGAAUUUUGGCACAUAAAACAGUCGAAUUGACAAUUGUUGUAGACAAACCAAUAAAAGAACAAGAGAUAUGUUCAAUUAACGCAGAAAGAGGAUCUCAUUCCUUCUUUUCUGUUUCAACUAUUUAA